AUGGUUGCCUUCGAAAUAUCAACGAAAAAGCGCCGCUUAGUGGUGGGCACCAUUGCUGGUGUGAUAGGAGUUUUGGGGGUUUCACGCUACAUUGCUCCGGUAGCAAUGGGUGUAUACCCUGAUGCUGUUGGACUUGCUGAUGCCGAUAGAUGUCCAUCCUUGUCUAAAUUGGCCCCCGCAUUCGACGGAUCGUUGUUUAAUCUGUCGUAUUUUCAUACGCCUGAGUACAGGAAUCUUUCUCUGGACGUUUGGGGUGGGGCAGUCAGGAUAGCCACUCCUAACUAUGAUGACUUAGGUACCAUUGGAGAAGACCCAAGAUGGGACGUCUUUUUCGAAUUCGAAGACUAUUUGCUGAAGACGUUUUCCACAGUGGCAUCAAAGGCAGAAUUACAUCGUGUGAACACUCACGGAUUGGUGUUUUCCAUUGCAGGGUCGGAUCCGAAUUUGAAGCCGUUGAUGCUCACGGGUCAUCAAGAUGUAGUGCCUGUUCCUCCAGAGACAGCACUGAGAUGGACACAUCCUCCCUUUGACAGCUACUUUGAUGGAAAAUAUUUAUGGGGACGGGGAUCAUCUGACUGCAAGAACAACGUGAUUGGAAUUUUUGAGGCACUUGAAGCACUCUUUUCAAAGGGCUUCGACAACAAACGGGGGAUCAUCAUUGCACUUGGCUUUGAUGAGGAGACCAGUGGAAAAAAUGGCGCUUCGCAUAUUGCAGAAUAUCUUCUCGAAAAACUUGGUGAGAACAGUGUUUUUGCCAUAAUCGACGAGGGUGGUUUGGGAGUACAGGAUAAGUAUGGGUCGCGUUUCGCCUAUCCUUCUACUGGUGAGAAGGGUUACAUUGACAUUAUCGUGACCCUGGAUACUGAUGGGGGUCACUCUUCUGUCCCACCAAGACACACAUCGAUUGGUAUUCUUGCUGAGGUCAUUACAGAAAUUGAAUCUGAACUCUAUCCAAUUGACAUCUCCCCUAAGAAUCCCUUCUAUUACCAGCUCCAAUGUGAGGCCAAAGCUGCAAACUCAAUGGACAAUGGGUUCAGGGCAGACUUGCUUAAUUUGGAGAAUGCAGACGCCAAAAAGAGGGCUUUAACGAAAAUUUCCGAGGACAUCAUUUCCAGGAUGCUGAUUUCGACAUCGCAGGCAGUCGACAUCAUUUACGGAGGAGUCAAGAUAAAUGCUCUUCCCGAACAGGUGACUGUCAAAAUUAACAAUCGAGUUGCAUAUGAAUCGUCUGUUGAAAUUGUCAAGAACAAAAUUCUUGCCAAAGUAUCCAAAGUCGCGGAUAAGUAUGGGCUGGGUGUUGUUUCCUAUAGCAAUGAGACUUCCACCGUUAAGAGCACGGAAUUUGCCGAACUGCCUAGUGGUCAGUUUGUUCUCUCUUUCAGCAAUCAGCUUGAUCCUGCACCAAUGACUUCGACUACGAAUAACCCAACUUGGGAUCUUCUUGGAGGAACAAUUAGACACAUUUUUGAGGAUUUUGCAGAGUUCCCUGGCUCAGACCUUGAAGUCGGAUCUGAAGUAACCGUUGCUCCCUCAGUGAUGACUGGAAAUACGGAUACCAAAUGGUACUGGAGACUAACAGAGAAUAUUUAUAGAUUCACUCCAAUUCGCCAGAACGCCCGCGAAAACGCUCAUGCCAUUGACGAAAAGGUUGAGCUCAAUGCUCAUAUCGAGGGAGUUGCAUUCUUCCACGAACUGGUAAGGAAUUUCGAUGCUUACGAAAACUAA